CUCUCCCUCGGCGUUGCUGCUGGCGAGGAGGGGGACGGAGGGAGAGCACCUUGCUGUCUCUCUCUCGCUCUCUCUCUCGCUUUUUCUCUUUCUGUGUGAGUGCUUCUGCUCCGAUCUGGCACAAAUCGGCGUCUAACGGGAUGACCGGCGCAUAGGCUGCUGCUCAGUGAGGAGAGGAUAAUGUUGAAGGAGUGAAAAGUAAGACCCGGAGCGCUUGUGCAGACACUCGCCCUGGUCUCUGUUCUGCCUCUGCAAAGUGCUGUUUCACCCUUGUUCCGUCGUUCGCCGUCUCUGCACCCCUCGGGGAGCUUUGGAGAGCACCUGAUCUGAGGCGCAAAGCUUUGCUUUCCCUAGGACUGCACCACUGAGGCGAACCUUGGUUCGGUAGACACGGUCUAGGAUGGAGCUCGCUCUGUGUGCAGCUGGGCGGCAGAUCCUCUUUCCUCUGAUGCUGCUGCUCUCUUUAAGCUUGGGUGCAGCCUCCUCCAUUGUGAACAUGCGUAGGAUCACUCAUCCUACAGUACAACAAAUGUUGGCAGGCAAAGCCACUCUGCCUUGUGUCUUCACCCUCCAGACCAGCACCUCCACUGGGCCUCCUCACCUCCUGUGGACUCGUACUACGCUACCAGGGGGAGGACAAGGUGCUCCUUUGGAGCAGACUGUGCUUUCUGCUAAAGGCGAUGUAAUCAAGGUGAAUAAGGCUUUCAGUGGUCGCAUCAUGCUGCCAGGAUACGCUGCCAACCCUCUGAAUGCUACCAUGGAGAUCUCCAGCCUCCGUACCAAUGACUCAGGCACUUACCACUGUCAGGUUGUCACGGGCAACGACUAUGAGAGGGACACUGUUCCCCUGGUGGUGUCCGGUGUGGUGUUUCACUACCGGUCUCCCAGCGCUCGUUACGCCCUCUCGUUAAGUGACGCCCAGCGAGCCUGUCAGGAAAACUCGGCUCAGAUCGCCACUCCGGCCCAGCUGUGGGCAGCGUACCAUGACGGCUUCGCCAGCUGUGCCGCUGGCUGGUUGGAUGAUCAGACUGUUCGAUAUGCUGUCCAGGUUCCAGAGCUUGGCUGCUACGGACAUAAGGAGUACUCUGCUGGAGUGAGGAAUUAUGGGAAGAGAGACCCAAAAGAGCUGUUUGAUGUGUACUGUUUUGCAAAAGAAUUGGAUGGUGAGGUGUUUCACUCCUCGGUCCCAGGCAGACUGUCCCUUUCUUCUGCCUCCGACCGCUGUGUGUCCCUUGGGGGCCAGCUGGCCACAGUGGGGCAGUUGUACUUGGCCUGGAGGGCCGGCCUGGACAGCUGUGCCCCAGGCUGGUUGUCUGAUGGCAGCGUCCGCUACCCAGUGACCUGGCCUCGUGCUGACUGUGGAGGGACAGAGCCAGGAGUCCGCACGGUCACGCCCAAUGACACCGCUGACAACACUACAGCACUAUAUGAUGCCUACUGCUACAGAGGUAAAGUGAAGAACACAGGCUCCAUCUCUCAGAUCUACACCUCCCUGUGGAAGCCCUGGAGCUACCUCGCAGGCUCAAGCGAUGCUGACUCUACAGGGACAGCUAGUCCCGACGUGACUUCACAACAAACCACCACAAUCAGAGAGUCACCAGAUGACAGCGAGCUUUCACCUUCCAACUGGACGGGAUUGGUUGACCUAGAAGAGGAGGACUCAUUUCACAGUGCUGAUGUCUCCUCAGACCCCUGGUCCUCAGAGUCCUCGACAGCAUAUGUAACCCUCCAGUUAAUCCCAGGACAGAACUCCUUUGACUGGGGAGAGUCACUGGAGCCUGGACCAGACUCUGAGGAGUUUCUCCUGCCCCCAGUCCAUCCAACUCCUCCUGAGAAGAAGGUUAUUUCCAAAAUCGUCAAGUCCAUUUGGAAACCUUGGAACUAUCUGAUGGGGACUGAAGAUGAGGAGGGAACCCAAUCACCGAGUGAAGAGUCAGAGGAAGAGAAGAUUGUGACGAAAAAGGUCGACCAGGGUUCACAGGAAUCCAGUACAGCAUCAUCAGGUUUGCUUUCUUGGGGAACGCCAUGGUUCAGCAGUCCCCCAGGAGAGAGCACCACACCAGCGAGUGAAGAUUCACCCACUCAUCUGGCAUCUACUUUGGCUGCCUCCAGAAUAUCUAUGACUACAGAGAGCAACAAGAGCUGGGAGAACUCAGAGACACCCACGUCCACAACCUCCAGGCCUGCACCUGAAAUCCCCUCCUCCAGCGGAGACGCCUGGAUCCGUGUCGAUGCCGAGACCACGACUCAGCCUGGAGACAAGAGGGAGGAGACGGUGACCUCCAGAGCCAGUGGGAGAGGACGAGGAAGAGGGAAGAAGAACAGAGGGGAGGACAGGAGCAGGGGAGAAGAGAAGGGGAGAGGAGAGGAGAGAGGGAAGGCAGAGGAGGAGGGAAGUGGAGAAAUCACCGGGGCAGAAGCAAAAGGGGAGAUACAGGUCUCACGCCGGCCAGUCGGAACAAGCAAACCAAGAGAAAGAUCCAGAGAAAGAUCCAGAGAGAGAGGUCACAGGAGAGGACACUCCACGACUACCACAACCACAACCACAACUGACACGACCACAACCACAGCUGACACGACCACAACUACAACUGACACAACCACAACUACAGCUGACACGACCGCAACCAUAGCUGACACCACCGCAACCAUAGCUGACACAACCACAACUACAGCUGACAUGAUCACAACCAUAGCUGACACAACCGCAGCCAUAGCUGACAUUAGCACAACCACCACCAUCACCACUGACAGGCCUCAUGAGCCAACAGACAUGACCACAUCUGGUACAGAAAGUGACUUUCCUACUUCCAAAUCCUCCCCCGCUUUACCAGAAGCAGAAAAGUCAUCCCUGUCAGUCUCAGAUGCCCCAUAUCAGACACUAUCUUCAUCUCCAUCUGCACCCCCAUCCACCAUGCCAUCCAUCUCUUUCUUCGAGCCAUCCCAAUCUGAAACUGAGUCUCAUUUUCUCCCCUCAUCUAUCCCCUCUUCCUUCUCCCCAACUCUAACCCCUUCCUCACCUCCACUCCAUCCCCAAACCCCAUCUUUUUCACCUUCAGUCCCUUCUAACGUCCCAUCAGAGGCUCAAACUGUUGGAUUGGGAGACACGGCUACAUCACCUCAUUCAAAAAAUCAGGAAAGCUCCACUGACGCCCUAACACCACUUCACUUAGUCCCAGUGGAGAAGGUGGUGGUGAACGGCUCUCUGGAUAACCCUCUGUCACUGUCGGGACCCCCAGAUGAGGAGGAGCCUGCCUGGUCUCAUUCUGUGGGCUCAGGGGCCCUGUUACCUGUCACCAUGGAGGAAGAAAGCAGCAGCACAGGAGGAGGAGGAAUCAACAUCAGCACCACAGCGCUCAGUCCAACAUCUGAGGUGGAGCCCUGCAUGACAAACCCGUGUCUGCACGGAGGGAAGUGCCUUCCUCAGGGAACGGGCUACACCUGCUACUGCCCACAAGGAUACACUGGGGAGAACUGUGAGAUUGACGUUGACGACUGCCAGUCCGAGCCUUGUGCAAAUGGAGGCACUUGCAUCGACAAGAUUGAUUCCUUCCUCUGCCUUUGCCUGCCCAGCUACGGAGGAGACAUGUGUGAGAAAGAUGUUGAAGGUUGUGAGCACGGCUGGAGGAAGUUCCACGGCCACUGCUACAGGUACUUCACCCACAGACACACCUGGGAGGAUGCAGAGAAAGACUGCAGAGAGCACAGCGCCCACCUCAGUAGUGUCGUCUCUGCUGCCGAGCAGGAGUUCAUCAACGGUCUCGGUCACGACAACGCCUGGAUCGGUUUGAACGAUCGCACAGUGGAAGAGGACUUUCAGUGGACCGACACCAACGAUUUGGUUUACGAGAACUGGAGGGAGAGCCAGCCCGAUAACUUCUUUGCAGGUGGCGAGGACUGCGUGGUGACCAUUGCCCAUGAGGACGGCAAGUGGAACGACGUGCCCUGCAACUACAACCUGCCCUACAUCUGCAAGAAAGGCACAGUGUUAUGCGGGACCCCACCUGCGGUGGAGAAUGCCCAUUUGAUAGGUCGGAGGAGAUCACAUUAUGAUAUCCAUUCAGUGAGGCGCUAAAGUGCUUUGAAGGCUU